AUGUAUGAACUUUCUGAAGAACCUACACCUCUUAACCUUUAUGAAAAACAUACAUCUUUUGAACUUUUUGAAGAAUCUACAUCUUUUGAACUUUCUGAAGAACUUAUCUCUUCUUUAAAUUGUGAGACCAGUGAUAAUAUAUCUAUCAGUUCUAGCAGCAACUUCUUUUAUAAAAAAAGAAAAUUUAAUCAACCAAAACCUAAACAGUUAAACCGUCAGAACUCAAAGCAGCAAUAUAUAAAGUCAAGUUGGGUAUGGGGAUAUUUUGAGUUGAGUGAAGAUAGGAAAUUUGAUAUAUGUAAAGUUAAAACGAUGAAUUUAAAUAAUCAAGAAGUUAAGUGUGGUCACAAAUUUCUAUAUGACGGCAGUAUGGGAAAUAUGAGCAGCCAUCUUCAAGACAAGCAUGACCUACAUGAAAAUCGAAAUAAAAUAA